AUGCAGGUAUUAUUGGAAAUUUGUGUCGAUUCAUUUGAAUCCGCCGUUGCGGCAAUCGACGGAGGUGCAGACAGAAUUGAGCUUUGUUCUGCUUUAAGCGAAGGCGGUUUAACACCCACGGUGGGGCUUUUGCGAGAAAUAAAACAGUUUCUAAGCACGAACGUACCUAACCGAGGAACGCAACAUAGCAUUCCCGUGUACUGUAUGAUACGGUGCAGAAGAGGUAAUGAUUUUUGUUUCAGUACACAUGAAAUGCGUGCCAUGAUUUGGGAUAUGCAACAGCUCAAAGAACACGGUGCCGAUGGGUUUGUUUUCGGUGCACUAGACGAAUCUGGGAAAGUGCAUCGGGACUACUGCAAACAAAUAAUAGAAACAGCGGGAUCCAUCCCAUUGACUUUUCACCGGGCUAUCGAUUGUACGGUGGAGUCUGAACUAAAAGAAAAUCUACAAAUUAUUGCUGAGCUAGGAUUUACGACUAUCCUUACAAGCGGGCUAAAACCAACUGCUUCUUUAGGCGUUAAGACGAUAAUGGAAAUGAAAAAGAUUGUAUCUGAUUUGAAAAUGGCAGGUGAUAGAUCAUUGAAAUUGAUGCCCGGAUCUGGAGUAUCAGCAGAAAACGUGUUGAUGAUUUUGCAACGCACCGGUUCUAGUGCUGUGCAUGGAUCAGCAAGUAUAACAAAACCUACAGAGAAUAGAACUGAAAAUUCUACCACAAAAGACUUCGUUGAUCCCUUACCUUUUAAAGUAUGCAGCAGAGCCAAGGUGGAAGAGCUACGCUUAUUAAUCGAUAAUAUUGCACUAUAA